CCUAGUUGGCCGUCUCUGUGCGCUCCUUUUAAUACGUCAGUAAUAGCCCUUGUCUACUCCAUCCCAACCACUCGCUGAGGUCGGCAUGAGCACCCAUAAGGAAAAGUGGGCGACCAACCUGGAGUUCAUCUGCUCCUGCAUCGGUUACUCCGUGGGGCUGGGCAACCUGUGGCGGUUCCCGUACGUGGCGUACCAGAACGGGGGCUCCGCCUUCCUGAUCCCCUACAUCGUCAUCAACCUGGUCAUCGGCCGGCCGAUCUACUACGUAGAGCUUCUCCUGGGACAGUUUUGCGGCCAAGGACCCCUGGGUGCUUUCCGCUUGUCGCCCAUGUUCCAGGGCAACGCAUUCGGCAUGAUGUGGGGCGCCUUCGUUACGACCAUCUACUACCAGAUGAUAAUCACCUACGCGGUGGUCUACUUCUUCCACUCGUUCAAGAAUCCGCUGCCGUGGACCGACUGCUUCGAGUGGUGGGGCGUGCCCCUGGAAGGAUGCUUCACGCGCCUCAAAAUGAAGCACGUGUGCGGCAACAUCCGCAAGAGCCUCGUCAUCGCCGGCAUCAACGACACAACGGCCGAGUCGCCCGUAGUAGUCAGCUACAAGGGCAGCAGUGUAGUUGUGUCGCAGGAUGAGUACAACAGCCGCUUCGCCGGCUGCGUGGACGCCAACGCCUCGUCGGUCGACAUGUUCUACAACCGAGUGGUGCUCAACGUGUCGUCUUCUUUCGAGAAGGUCGGCGUCGUGCAGCCCAAUCUGGUCAUCUGUUACGCCAUCUGUUGGAUCAUCAUAUUCCUUACCAUAUUCAAAGGAAUAAAGGUGGUUGGUAAGGUAGUCCUCGUGACCGCCACAGUACCAUACGUCAUUCUGACCGUCAUGCUCAUUCGCGGCAUCACGCUUCCCGGAGCCAGCAUCGGCUUGCGUUAUCUACUCCUGCCGCAGUGGGACACGCUGCUGAGCCCGGACGUGUGGCGCGCGGCCACUGAGCAGACCUUCUACUCGCUCAGCAUCGGCACUGGGGGUCUCCUGGUGUACGGCGGCUACCAGCCGUUCCGCAACGACAUGUCCUCCAGCGUCGUCUUCAUCUGCUUCGUCGAUCUCCUGACCAGCGCAUUCGCCUCCCUGGUGGUGUUCUCGGUUCUGGGAAACAUGGCGUACACGUUGGACAUCCCAAUCGCGGACGUGGUAGCCGCGGGACCGGGCCUCGCCUUCGUUACCUACCCUGAGGCCCUGUCCCUGAUUCCGUUUCCCAACCUAUGGGCGGUACUGUUCUUCGCCAUGCUCUUCUUUCUAGGCAUCGACUCGCAGAUGGGCAACUGCGAGUUCCUCACCAAUUCCAUACAGGAACUGUUUCCCUUGUUCGCGAAACAACGUACCGUGACCGCAUUCAUGUACUGCUCGUUCUGCUUCCUCAUCGGAUUGGCCCUCACCACGCAGGCUGGCUUGUACGUCCUAACGAUCCUGGAUAAUUACUUGGGCGCUCUGAUCGUCUUGUUCACUUGCUUGGGCGAAGCCAUCAUAGUGGCGUGGAUAUACGGCAUCAACCGCUUCUUCUUCGACGUGACCUUCAUGACGGGUAGCUGUCCCAGCUACUUCGUGCUCAUUGCAUUCAAGUACUGCGCGCCGGUGGCCUUGGGCUCCUUCCUGUUCUACAGCCUGUACGAAUUUCCGCGGAGUAACGUGGGCGAUUACAUCCUCCCGCUGUGGGCCGACCUGUUCGGCUGGACUUUGGCACUGGUGGGACUCGCGCCAAUCAUCAUCAUUGCCGUAGUCAAGUUGGCCCAGUGUGGAUUCAGUUGGCGCCGAGCCGUGCAGCCCGAGAGUGACUGGGGCCCGGCUGAGGCCAAAUACCGAAUCCUCUAUCGCGAACGCCUCGUCGAGGUGGGCUUCGCCGAGUUCCGGUACCACGCGAUAACGGCGGCCCCAGCGUCCGACCAGGAGCCACUGCCACAAUCUUAAGGAGUAAAAGAAAGCCAGUCUCCUUGUGGUCCAAUGAUUAUAUGCUGAUAUUUUCACAUCAGUCACCAUAAGUGGUAGCGACGCCCUUAAGGCGGGAAUGAAUGUGCAUGAGUACGAAUUAGAGAUACCUUACCUAUUUAUACCG